UGUUUACAAAAUGUUAGUACAAAUACGUCGCUAUUUAACAAACGAAUGCUAAGAAAAGUUAUUACGUUUCAAAGCGAUUUUAUUAAUUUCUACAGAGCAUGUUUUAUUUUAAGUAAAGAUUGUUCCAAUGCAUUUGACGUAAAGCAGUUGGAACUAAAAUACUGUAAUAAGCUGGAGGUUUUUCUUUUUGCUGAUUAGAGAGACGGACCCUGUUCCUGCUGUUUAUUUUGAUGUAGUGCACGCAGUUCUGCUUUAGAUUUAAUUUAUUGAUCUUUAUUCCACAGAUUUCAAAAAUGGAGUUUUCCGAAAGAAAAAGGAGCAGGAAAUCUCAAAGCUUUAAACUGGUCAAUGAAGAUUUUGAGGCAGGAUACUUUGAUUGUAAUACCGGUAUUGAUAUCACUGGGGAAGCUAAUAACACAGCAACGGCUACAGUUUGGCUAGGUGACAAAGAUGUGGAGAUUAAAAACCAGAUCACCGGAAUGAUGAGACUCCUAAACGACAAGGCAGGCAGAGUGUAUCAGAGGGUGGGAAAAGAGGGUGAGAACUUGAGACAGGAGCCUCAGGAAGUCGACUUGAGGUGGGACCAGCACAUUGCCAUCUCUCCAUCUGCUAGUCAGGAGGAGCCCCAGCACAGCACUUGGAAUGAAGAACCGGCAGCAAGACCCCAGGUUUCUGGGCAAUAUGGCACCCGAUCUAAAACCUUGAAAAUGAUCAACAAAAUGAAAAACACAGUGAAGACGAAUGGAGAGAUACCAAUCACAAACAACCCUGCUGGGCGAAACUGUUGUAUGUGUAACUGUAAGACCACCAUGCAGGCUAUCUUACAGGAGCUCAGAGCCAUGAGGAAGUUAAUGCAGACACAAAAAGGAGCUCAGUCAAAGCAGCGUGCACAGACGAAUGUAAGUGCUCAGCGUUCGGCAAUGCCACGCAAGAGGAACAGGAAAAAGAAACCUGCCCAAAAGGUCGCUGCACCAGCCUCCCAGAGCAAGAAGUUGUGUAGUCAGCCUGGCAGCACAACAGAGCAAAGUGGAAAGAGGGACAGGCCUGCCAGGGAGCGACUAGGCCCUACACAGCCCACUCCAGCUUCAGCCAUAGACAUCCAUGUUCCAGAAUACUGUCUUAUCCGAGAAAUGCCUUCCUCAGAACCUGAAGUCCAGCUUGCAGAGGGUUAUGAAGUGUACAUACCCAAAACCCAGCUGGACUCUAUCUUGGUGAAUUACACACGCUCUGGGAGCUUACUGUUCAGGAAGCUGGUGUGUGCAUUCUUUGAUGACACAACUCUGGCCAAUUCCCUGCCCAAUGGAAAAAGAAAGAGGGGGUUAAAUGAUAACAGAAAGGGGCUCGAUCAGAAUAUUGUGGGAGCAAUAAAAGUCUUCACAGAGAAAUAUUGCACUGCUAAUAGAAUUGACAAGCUUCCCGGUCCAAGAGAUUGGGUACAGAUCCUCCAGGAUCAAAUUAAACUGGCCAGGAGAAGAUUAAAACGAGGAACUGGUGCAGAAGCUAUUGACUAUGAUAAAACAUGUGGACAGAAGUCCUGUGUCUCAGACAGAGGCUAUUGUUUGUAGUGAAGAAAGGGAUGGAUGUUCUGAACCCCAGUCAGGUAGAGCUUUUGAGAAGAGCACAGACCAUGUGUGGGGUGAUGCUGAUAAGGACUGCACAGCAUAACAAGUUUUCUUUGCAGUACUUUUGCUCUUUGUGGUAAAUCCAAGUUGAUCUACUUAUCCAGUUUGUCACGUUCAAAUUCAAUUGUUUAGAGAGCUCGUAGUUGUCUUCUCGCGAGACAUAUUAGUUUUGUGACAGUUGUGAAGUAAUAAAACAUACUAAGACUACAAAGUGACUAACUUGCUUUACAACUAUGUACACCGCCUGCGUUAAGCAAAAAGUGAGAAUACAGUUGAACGUUUAGCUGAAUGCAGUAACCUGCAGUAACCUGCAGUAGCCCUUUAUUUUGUUCAUGUGACUCAUCAGUCCAGUCUGGGGUACCUUUAGUAAAGGAAUUCUCUGCUGUAGUGCGAAGGGGACUUCAAACGUUAUGUCUUUUGUAGCAAACUCAUUAUUUCCCUUAAAAAUGUUUACCAUAGUAAAUAUGUGCAGUGGUUUUGCAGUUUACCAUGGUUAAAUAAGAUUGUACCAAGCGUUACCAUGUUUGCCUGUGCUUUAACAUGCUUUUUCUUUUUUCAUAAUGCUUUUUUACACUUCUCUGUGUCUUUACUUAAAUGUGUUAUUCCACAGUAUACUGCAGUAAACUUUUAUUUGUUUUUUUAUGAAAUCAUUAUUUUUGAAGAUGUGCCCUAGGCUGUUUUCUAUCAGCUCAACAGAACUGUAGCAGGUAAAUAGCCACCAAGUCCAGUUUAAUGUUCAGUUUGUACUCAAAUUGAGAGCACCACUUAGUGAUGAUAAAUAAUGAUAAAACGUAUUACAUUCUUUACCACAUGAGAGUAAGAGUAUCAGAAUCAGGGGAUAUGUGGAGGAAACGUACUCAUGGUGGUACAGAGUAAAAACAUUUGAAAAAGGAAAAUACAGUCUUGGCUUGCCCACCAGUGGAAUUGACAGACAAAAUAAAGGUAGGCAAAUCAAGUGGUAGAAGAUGAAUGUAUUUUAUAACUGCUUCCCUUAAAGAAGCCCAAAAAUGACAUGUUAGAAGAUUCACUGAAGUGAUGUUAUAUUGUAAUAUUUGUAUUUAGUAGAUCGGUGUAGAUAAUAAUAUUGAUCAAAUGGGAUUUUCUUAAAAUGUUGCUCCAUUUCUUCCAUACAAUUUGUAAAUAUUUUAUUUCAAUAUGUAAAUAUUUAAACCCUUUUUUUAAACAAAAAGAUGAAUCAUUGUGAAAUUGUUUUAAUAGAGUAUUUAAAGUGUGCUCUUAAAUAACUGAUCUGUUUAGAUUGUAUUUCUGCCUCAAGAAUUAAAAGGUUUAUCGGACAAUAAUUGGUGCUUGUGUUUUAGUUCUUAAAUCAUUUUCACAACAUCUGUGAUCCUUGAAAUGUAUUUUUGCUUACGACUGUAAGUCGCCCUGGAUAAGGGCGUCU